CUGUAAGAAUUCAGAAUCAUAAGCGAGCAUGCAAUGCAAAUAAAAAACCAUGAACUUAUCAUUAAUUUUCCCACUUAAUUCCUCUUCAAAUUCUAAUCAUAAUCACAGCCAUGGCAAUAUCAGAACACACGGAAUCAGAAUUGUCAGAGUCACCGCCAGCACUAGUAGUCAACCACCGCCACUCUGAACCGCCGGACAUGGAGGCUGUGUUUGAUUUUCUACGCAAAAAUGGCUUAAAAGAAGCUGAAUUUGCUCUGAAACAGGAUAUGAUUGAGAGGAAUGAACUUGGUUCUUUUGACUUUGAGAAAUUCUUGUUUGUUUUGCCUCCUGUUAAGAUUCCGGCGAAGCUCCGGUUGCCGGAGAAGGUUUCUGGCGGUGGUUUUAAUGAUGGGGGGAGAUUGAAUUCUGGGUCUGGUUCAGAUGAUGAUGAGUUUGUUAGCUUGGGAUCUUCUACUAGUGAGUUGUGCUCUUCAGAAUUUACAAAUCCAUAUGGACUUCGUUCUGCAUCUCAGGCUAAUUCAGAAACAUCAUCAGAUAGAUUGUCUGAAUUUGGCACAGCACGUGACUACCCGGAUUUUGAUUUGCAAAAUGACUUUUAUUGGCACGAUAAUAACAAUGAAGGAAGCUUCAUGAGUCCUUCCUUUAACGGUGUAGACUAUUUCGGCGGUCCAAGUGAGGAUAAGUUUGUCAUGACAUCCGAGCUUGGGAACCAUUUUGAAAAUCCACUUGAUCUUUACGGUAAAAAUGAAGAAUUUGAAGCAGAAGCAAACAAUGAUUACCUGGACAAGCCUUGUCUUUUUAAUAUUAAAACUGUCAAAAAUACAAUCGAAGCUCAAUUACUUGACUACUAUCCAGUAAAGCAUCCGGAAGGAAACGUUGACGGACAUGAAAGUUCAGUUUCCUUUUGUAAAUGUUGUGCAGACAGAAGGGGGUUAUACGGUGAGUGUCUUACUGAUCCAAUUUUCUCAAACUCCAAAGAAACAGAUUUGAGUAGUUAUCGGCUAGAAGUUGGAGAUGAUCUCACUGAUUCAAAAACACAUUCUGGAGAUGGGUGGAUUAAAAAUUAUAAAAAUUACUCCGAGCUAAUACCAAAUGGAAUUAAUGACUAUGAGGAUGGAAAUGUUAGAGAAGCGUAUGAGCUCACGGCUUCCGCAGAAAAAGAGGACGCAGAAGUUAAUACAGAUGAGGUUUCGAUGUUUGAAAAUCAGGAAGAUGAAUAUGAAGUAUUUGAUCUACGAAUCAUACACCGGAAAAACAGGACGGGAUUCGAGGAAAACAAAGAUCUGCCUAUUGUUCUUAAUACUGUCAUUGCAGGCAGAUAUUAUGUGACAGAAUAUUUAGGCUCAGCUGCUUUCAGUAAGGUCGUGCAGGCACGUGAUCUUGACACGGGAGUAGAUGUUUGUCUGAAGAUUAUUAAAAAUGAUAAGGAUUUCUUCGAUCAAAGUUUAGAUGAAAUUAAACUUUUAAAGCUUGUAAACAAGCAUGAUCCGGCUGAUGAACGCCACAUUCUGCGUCUCUAUGACUACUUUUAUCACCAGGAGCAUCUUUUCAUUGUUUGCGAACUCCUCAAAGCAAACUUGUAUGAAUUCCAGAAAUUUAAUCAGGAAUCUGAAGGUGAACCUUAUUUCACGCUAAGCCGGCUGCAGGUCAUAACUCGACAAUGUUUAGAGGCACUCGAAUACUUGCAUCAUUUGGGAAUCGUUCAUUGUGAUUUGAAGCCGGAGAACAUUUUAAUAAAGAGUUAUAGAAGAUGUGAGAUAAAGGUUAUUGACCUCGGAAGCAGUUGCUUUCAAUCAGACAACUUAAGCCUCUACGUACAAUCUCGUUCCUACAGAUCCCCCGAAGUCAUUUUGGGUCUUCCUUAUGACCAAAAGAUUGAUUUAUGGUCUCUCGGCUGCAUUUUAGCGGAGCUAUGUUCCGGAGAAGUUCUAUUUCCAAAUGAUGCUGUCGUAAUGAUCCUCGCUCGCAUGAUCGGGAUCGUGGGACCUAUAGAGUCGGAGAUGUUGAUGAGGGGGCAGGAUACACACAAGUACUUUACAAAAGAAUAUGACCUCUAUUACGAAAAUGAGGAGACAAACCAACUAGAAUACAUAAUCCCAGAAGAAUCCUCAUUGGAACAUCAUCUGCAAACUUCCGAUGUGGAAUUUAUUGACUUCGUAAAAAGCUUACUCACAAUCAAUCCCGUGAGUCGCCCAACUGCAAGCGAGGCACUACAACACCCUUGGCUUUCUUAUUCAUACGAAUCCGAUUUUUACUAGCUCUUACACUCUUGUUGACAUGUGUUCGUCUUGUUUUCGAUCUUUGACGAGAUUGCAUGACCGGGAUGUAUAUUUCCGAUAUCAAUUUUGGUUUUAUGUGCAUUCAUACACUUCUUUGUCAGCACAUAAUUUAUUCUGUACAUAUCUUCUUUAACCCCUUCGAGUCGUCGGAAUUUGUACGAAAUGUAACGGGUGAUUGCUAUAAAGAAAAGGCAGUAUCAAUAAAAUACAGUAUUAUAUGCUUUUCAGUUUUAA